AUGGGCCUCUUCCGAAAGCUGAUGUGUCUGGUGGCAUUGACGACCAGCGUCCUCUUCUGGCAAGCGGCCUACAUGCUGAUUCACUGGCAGGGCUCACCGGAACUCAUGUGCCAACGCAAGGACUCCAAGGGGUUGCACCGCAUCUCCCGAGACCUUGCGCACUUCUUUAGAUCUCGGCAGCUGUUAGCGCACCCCUGGGUGCUAACAAUGGUGGCAGCGCUGAGAUAUGGCGCCAAUAGCGUGGAGAUUGGCGGCGGCAUGCAUACAAUGGACCAUGAUAUUGACCUUCGCCUGGUGAUGCCGGGCAACGAGAGCUUCCAUGAGCUCAUGGAGCAACUGGAGCUGAGCAUGCGACAAGCUGGGCAUUGGGCCAAGGCAUUCCCUUGUCAAUGUGGCUGGCCUAUCGUCUUCGGUCCAUUCCCCUGCCUCAUCAUCUUUGGAACCCCAACGGCAGCUGGCUGGAUGCAGGCGACAUCCUUCUUCCCCAACACGGCGCCCGGCAUAGCGACAAGUAGCCUCAAGGGGACGCAGAAGCGCCUGGCUGCACAGGUGGUGGCAGCCGUGUCCAAGAUACUGGGCAUCCUGGCAGCGCCGCUGUGGUCCAUGGUGAUGGUAGUGGAUCUGCACGUGAGCACGGUGGAGCCAACAGCUCCAGCAGGCGCCGAUCCCUUGGCGCGGAUGCUUUGGGCGGGCCAGGAGUGGCCCUUCCCCAGACAGGGCGCCGAGGUGCUCCGCUCAAUCUUCACGUCGUAUUUGCCCAGAUUGAGCAAUGUUGAUCGCGGCGAGCAAAUCCGUGGACAGCUGCUGGGCUUCUGCGACUUCUACCGUCCCAAGGGCGUCUGGGCCGAAGACCUCGCCUCCUCCGCCGCGGCGGACGAGGCGGCGCGCGCCUGCGGGCCCCUCGUCAUUUGA